UUCUUACAGGGAAAUCGCGUGCAAGCAGUGAUCUUUGGGAAAGACAUCGAUCUACGUAAUGAUACACUGUAUAUCUACCAAUCAUACUAUAUCGCAAAUGCUUUGGUAAGAACAAUGGAUCCAAGGCAUCAAAGAGGACCAUAUCAGUUUCAAUGGACAAUAAACUCCAAGACCAUUGUUGAAGAGAUCGAAGAAGACGAGCCAGCACUUAGACUGCCAGAAUAUAACCUUGUUCCUUUGAAUGAACUUGGCGUACACAUAGACACAGAUGCUGAAAUAGAUAUUUUGGCACUUGCAAUUCAUAUGAACCCGCCAAAUGAAGUGAAUACGAACCAUGGAAAAUCGUUGAUCCAAGAGAUAUACUUGAUUGAUCCAGGUCUAAAACUCCUGCGUUUAACAAUGUGGAAUCGCUUUGUUCAUGACGAAUGCCGCGAAAUUUCUGACCUUAUUCUGGCAAAGCCAAUUAUUUUAGGAACACGGAUCAAAGUUUCUUCUUAUAAUGGCCUAUCGCUGUCAUCAAGACCGACGAGUGUCUUUAUUGUUGAACCCCUUCUUUCAUCUUCUGUUGCAUUACGUACAUGGGCAGCACAAAAUGAUAAAUUGCUGGAAGAAAUCAUUGGAAAUAGUUUUGGAUCAGCUUCAAGUAGUUCUACCGAUCCAAUCAUAAAAGUAUCUGAAAUCGCAGAAAAACUGAUAUCUGCUCCAACAAUGGCGAACUGUGCAUAUGCUUCAAUUUGA